GUUCGCUGUGCGAAGUUUCUUCUGUCGUCUCGCGAAUGUGUAAUGUUACAGUUUAGUGUUCGCGAAAUUCGUCAACAUUUUGUACAUUUUCGUUGCGUUUUUGCGUACUAUUGCAAUCGUGUCUAAUGUCAGGCAGUGUGCUGCAUGUUUUGUUGCUGUUUUCAAUCAGGAAAAGAACAUCACAAAUCAUAGCGGCAAAAACUGCACAAAACAAUCAGCUGUAAUCGGAAACUGCUAGUGUGUGGUGCGCGACCUUGGACAUAUUCACGAAAUACAAUCGUGUUCCGAAUCCCCCGUGGUGCUCUAGUGGAACUGAAGAGCUUGGUCACGUGUGUUUUAUAGCUUGUCAGCCCCCCCAUACUUGGCAUCGACAAGUGGCCUCGAGCUUUAUCGAUAUUUAGGUGGCUCGACAUCCGUUGUACAACCACCGCAGCCAGCUGGCAGGCUUUGCGAAAAUUUCGGGUGUGCCUCUUCCCCUGGCAGCGAGAAUAUGCUGGUGUGAGCGCGUAGGUGGUGCGUGUGCGUAUUGAGAGCACAGAUAACUUGGCUAAUUGGUAAGUAGGAGUAGUAGCGCGAGGGCCAAGGGAGCGAACGAAGCAAGCACAGAUAACAGAGUGAUACCGUACAGGCUCUGAUAUAGAUCGAUUCGGACAGGUGCUGGCUGUGUGUGCGCGUUGUGUCAUAAAACAGAAGCGAAGAUAGUGAAACCCAGUGAGCUAGAGCUUGAUAUCAUUUGUGUUGUGUGUAAACGAAAAUUGCUAUCAGCAAACAGAAAAGUAAACGUCGUACGGUCAUCGGUGGUGUUAAACAACAGUGGUAAAAGUGUGAAACCAAAAAGCAUGCUCUUGAAAUGUGCAACUACACCGCUUAGACGAGUUCCUUCAAGUCAGACCGGAACUGGCAACGCCUCUGCCCCGGGAGUUGGUAGCCUGAUCAAUUCCUCCGGCGGGAUAGCUUUGGCUGACGCUGGAAAGGACUGCAGUACUGGCGGUAAAGGCCGAGGAAAGAACGUUCGCAAUGGUACCGGUGGAGGGGGUGCUACUGUCGGAACGGUAAAACUGAUCGUCAGUCCCAGUGCCACAUUAGCCUCCAAACUCCACAGAAAAGUAUUACGAGUGCCCUCGAAGCGCAUUCCCGGCAAAGUGCACCCCGGUAAGCUCGCCUCGGUGGCCAGCAAGCUGACAGCCGCCAAGCAACGUCUUCAUCAGCAGCAGUUGCAGCAACAACAGCAACUGCAGCAACAGCAUCAGUUCAACCUGCAGCAGCAACAGCAGCAGCUCUCCUUGCAGCGACCGUCAGCUGGUGCCGCCAGCGUCAACAACUGUGAUAACUCCAACGACUCCGGUCUUGGAUUCGACCGAAGUCUCGAUAGUGCCCUCAGUGCCCAAUUCCAUUCGAAUCAAGGCUCGACGAUCGCCAGCAACGGCACCAUCGGUCGGCCAGGUCAUCACAAUAGCGCACCAGAAGAUGAGGGCGUUGAGAGUGAGACAGGGGUUCGCAACCGUACACCCGCUAGUGCCGGUAGAGUACGGGAUGGUAAACCGGCCACACUGUAUAGCCGCCGAACGGUAACCCGCUCCGUCGGUAGUAGCCGCAGUAGCAGUGCUACCAGCACGAAGUCCCUCAAGCGAAGUCACUUGGAGCUAGACGAAGCGGCAGUCUGCUCCGGAGGAGAACUCCUCGUGCUGUCAGCGUCCACUCCCAGUAACGUUGUCCGAAUUCCGGCGAACUCGAAUUUACCACCCAAACUCAGAAACACCGGUAAACUUAAAGCAGCCGUCAUACGCACGGUAGCGACGCCGAAGAAAAUCAUCAUUCCAGUCAUCGGGAAAUCACCGAACAUUGGUGGCGGAGGCGGCAGGCGUACAGUCACCAUUGCACCCACACCAUCCUCAUCAUCUUCUAACAACAAAUCGCUAUCAUCAUCAUUAGCAAUCACAACUACUGCGUCAGCAGGGGCAGCGGCGGCAACGGAACCGACGGCGGGGAAAGUACUGACCUCAUCACUGGUCCGCCCCAUGAAUCGAAUACCGGGAAAGCGACCGCCGUUGCUUUCGUCAUCUUCCCUCGGUGGAAGUGGUGCUGGUUCCGAAGGAGCUUUCAGCAAUUCCGGGGUGGUCACUCUGCAGUCACAGUUGGGCUGUUCGUCUCGGGAUGGAAAAAUACAGCUGCAAAUAUUGACCCAGCCGGAGCAACAGCAUCGGGCCCGCUAUCAGACCGAGGGUUCACGGGGAUCUGUGAAGGACCGCAGCGGGAAUGGAUUUCCUGUGGUGCGAUUGGUGGGUCACACGAAACCCACCGUGCUGCAGGUGUUCAUCGGAACUGAUGUGGGCCGCGUUGCGCCACAUAUGUUCUACCAGGCGUGUAAGGUUUCCGGCAAGAAUUCCACUCCCUGCAACGAAAGAAAGCUCGAGGGUACCAUGGUUAUCGAAGUAGACAUGAAGCCGGAGAACGAGAUGACCGUAACGUGCGAUUGCGUUGGAAUCCUAAAAGAACGGAAUGUCGACGUAGAGCACCGAUUUCCAGAUCAAAGUGGGCCCCGUGCCAAGAAGAAAUCCACUCGCUGUCGAAUGGUGUUCCGAGCGGUGAUCAAGCACGAUGACGGCAAUGUGGAAACGUUGCAAGUGUGCUCGCAGCAGAUUGUUUGCACGCAACCUCCUGGCGUACCGGAGAUCUGCAAAAAAUCUCUUGUUUCCUGUCCCGCCGACGGAGGCCUGGAAAUGUUCAUUGUUGGUAAAAAUUUCCUAAAGGACACCAAGGUCGUAUUCCAGCGGCGGAAAGCGCCGCUCGGGUCCGGUGCGGUGCCCAUCAGUGUCAUACCGUGGGAGCAAACGGUCAUCCCGGACAAGGAGUAUUUGCAGCAGACGCAUCUAAUAUGCACGGUGCCACCGUAUGCCAGACAGGAUAUACAGGAGUCUGUGGUGGUACAAGUUUUCAUUGUUUCCGCUGGCAAGAAGAGCGAAACGCACAAUUUUACCUACACUCCGAAGGGUGCGCAUACGGCAUUGACAGCGGCCACCACGUCAGCAGUGCCUAUUGGUGGCAGUUUCUUUGGUACAUUGACGAAUGCUACAGCUGCGGAAUCAAUCGGCGGUACCGAUGCUAGCGGAACGGGAGGUCUAAUUAAUGGUAGCGUUGCAGCAGCUGGUAAUACGACCGGAGCCACCGGUUUUGCUCCUCUGAACUCUAGCUUUGGUAGCAACCCGAGCGAAGAUGUCACGGCAACGAACGACUCCGGCGGUGUCAAGAAGCCAUUGUUUCUUUGGGGUUCGCAGCUGAGUGCAGCACAGGAUGAGCUGGACACGGGUAUGAUGCCUCCGCCAGUUAACGUGAUGCCUAUGGUCGGAACCGCUCGACGGUCUUCGUUACUGGGUGAACAGUUAAGCAUGUCAUCGCCACCAAAUUUCAAAGCAGAACUCAUCGAUGAAAACAGCCGGAGUCCACACGAUGAGGAAUCACGCGAACGAUUCCCGGAUUCGACGGAUAACUCAAUAGAUAACAGUCAUAUUCUCUACCGAAGGCGAAGCGUUCGGCAGCCCAGUAUGGAUCUGAUAGAGGAUAGCUCUAGCAUGUCCAUGCUGGUCAAUGAAAACAGUGCGAUGGAUGUCGGGACAGUACCUGGCGCGAUGGUUGGUUUCCGGAGUGGGCUAGGCACGCUAAUGGAAACAAAUGAGAUCAGUAACUCGGCUACCUCACCGUCGCUGGCUGUUGAACUGAAGGUGAUGGAUUUGUGUAUAAAACAAGAACAGCAACAGUUAUCGGCCACGGCUCGAAAUCAGAUCGAACAAAUGAUUGCCAACAGCUCCGGGCUCGGAAAUUUGACAGAAGUCAACCAAAUCAAAGCUCAGCUCAAUGUAGAAGGUAUGUUGAAUGCAGCUGUGCAGCAGGGAUCACUAGAGAAGCAAGCCAUUGAAUCCACAUUGGCUUCCAUGGUCGGCGGACAGCAACAGACAGCAAUAAUGAACUCUGUCGUAUCGUUAACCGGUAACGGUGGUGCAAACCACUCUCCGGCAAUGGCACCCCCUACAGUACUCCAUGGUGACAUCAACAGUGGCCAUUCACCUAUUGCCCAAGACGUGAUGCUGAACUCGCAAAGUUCAAUAACAGUCCCUUCGCCUACGAACAUUGUCCUGUCACCAGCAUCGACAACUUCCAGUGAAAUCAGUCCCCAUCCGCACGCUUCCAUUUCACCAGAAAUUAUCCUCAACCCGACCGUUUCCCCAACAUCAAUGAUAUGCUCACCCUCCAAUGCAACGGUAGCGGCUACAGCAGCAGCAGCCGUUGCCGCAGCCGCGGCUGUUUCCGAAGUGUUCAAUAAUAUGGCUGCUGUUGCCGCCAACAUGAUCGAACAUCAACCGAAAGAAACAACCCAGGCUGUGCAGGAGAUCAUUCUGAAUGCAGCCGCCGAAAUUCUUACCUCCCAAGAACCUUCCGUUACUACUCAAUCUACGAUCAACGCGUUGAUCUCGAUGAAUGCCCAGGAAAUGAUGACCACCUCUUGUCAGCCCCAAUCUCAAGUUAUUAUGUCCCAACCGAACCUUCUACCUCAGUGUCAACCCGCGUCAACGAUGACUUCGAAUGUCAUCUCCAAUGCGCUGCAUCAGCAGCAGCAGAUGGUACAAACGUUGAUCAACGAAAGUAUUCAGCAUCAACACCAGCAACAGCAGCAGCAAGAACAGCAACAGCAACAACAACAAGCAGCCGAAUCUCUUAUGUUAAAUUUAGCAGCAACUCAUCAGAAUCUACACGCAUCACCCGGUGUUCCCGAGCAAAUGGAAAUUGGUAAUACCAUUUUGCCCUCGUCUGUUCCCAGCCAGCCUCCACAGCAACCAAUGGACACAACGGCACCCCUUCCUAACCCGGCAGGAAUGUCUCAAGAGCCCCAAACCUCGCCCCCACAGCACCUGACAGUUGCUAUGUCGUCUGGUCAAUCCGUCCAGAUGAUAGUCGGUGAUCAGGAUCGACAACAACAGCAGCAGCAGCAACAACAGGAACAACAGCACCAACAGCAGCAGCAACAACAGGCAGCCGCGGCUGCAGCAGUAGCGGCCGCCAGUAUACCUCAGGAGUUGACCACUAUGUCGGACAACGAUCUCAUCAGCUAUAUCAACCCGAGUGCAUUUGACGCAGUUUAAUAUUUGAUAAUUUUAGACGUAGAACAAUUCAAUCCCGCCUCCUAGCUGUAACCAGAGUGUGCGUCACGUGCGUGCGGCACACCCUUAGCCCAGCCGGAAGCUAGCCACACAGUAGAUUUGGACAACAACACUGCAAACCUCAAUCGCACCAACAAGAGACACAGGUAAUCACACACCGUCACCGAAAGACAAAAAAAUGGCUCCUCGAGUGUGCGCCUUCCCAUCUAUUUAUUCUGCCUAAGCGCGAGGGCAAGGAACGAUUCUUGCGAGUGGAUUAACAACCAACCAGGGCGCGGAUCGCGCAAACCCCUCCCUGCCAAAAAGAAGGGUGAAUUCAUCGCGAAUUAUUUUCUUUUUCAAGCUAGAACUUUCGUUAUCGUACAUUGUACUUUACUGUUACAAUAAUUGUAGUAUCUGAUAGAUUUUGUCUCCGCCUUCAAAGAAUGCGGAGGUCAUCGCUCGUAUCUAUUUAUAUCAAGUCAAAAUAUUGUGAACGUCAGUGAGCCAGUUUUGCAGCACUACAACACUGUGGAUGAAUAUUUAUAUCGAGUAAUUUUUUAGCUUUUUCUGAGUGUGUCUUUCAAAACUUGCAAUUUUGUAUGAAAAAAAAUGCAUCUCAGCAGGAAAUAUGCACAAUUUGCUGAGGGCGCUAAGUAGCAGCAGCAGCAGGAGGAGGAGGACACAAACUAUGCGGCCCCAACAUUUUGCAUGCGGGAGUUCGAUUUAUAAAGUCAAGGUCUAAAGUGUUCACACAGUUUAACAAACAAAAUUUUUUGCCUUAUGACAGUGUCUAAACGAAAACAAAAUGAAAGAAAUUUUAAACUUAUGAAUGUUUAAGAAAUUUUUACUAUUGGAUUUUUUUCUGUUAUAUCAGACACAAGUCGAAAAGCAGCAGCCGUUCGUGUGCACACGGAACCGAACAAAUGAGGGGCAACCAUUAUUAGUAGACUAUAUAAUUAACCUACACCACAGACUGCCAUACAGAGUUUUAGGGAAGAAAAACGUAUUCAAAUUAGCAACGAAUAUGAAUGUCUUUAAAGUUUACUAUUACAACAUAUUAGCAUUAAACAACAACAGUUGAUAAAAUCCCGUUCUCGCGCGUAUCGCACUGGCAUCGGAAAUAGAAUCGUGUCAGUUUUUUUUUUGGUUAGUUCAACUUCUUUAACCGAUUAUUGCUAUGUCAGGAUUUCCCAAAACAUUUGCCCGAAGACCAAGAAAAGACCGAGUUAACCGUCAUCACCGUCGAUGCUGUUCAGGUAGAAACAGGUUCAAAACCUUUGUUGGCAAGCACUGCUGCAAUUGUUUGAUUCGAUUCGAAAGGUAUGGAAUUUAAACCGACAAGUUUUUACAUUAGAUACAAACGAAACAGGAGCCACGUACCUUUGGUAGUGAACGAACAGACGUUCGAGUUUGAGAAGUAGAGGGAAGAAUAGUAAACGCCUUGAACGGGUGAAGUCUUUAAACAGUAAUCGUUUUUUGCUAUUGAAAUAUUUCUAUAUUGAUGUACUUCAAGAGAUUGGAAAAGCUAAUAAAUUCUAUCUGUUUUGUGUUA